GUAACAAAUACAUGGCAAAUAAAACACACCCCUGCAAUUGUGCAUCUCGACCACUGGGGAUGUGUUCUUCCUCUCUGUUACUAAACACUCACAUGUCCACAAAACUAGGUGCCGGCUGUGUGGGGACUAAAGUUUAAAUGGCCAAGAGGGUGGUUCAUGUGUAGCUUGGACAGAAAAGGGAAAGCAGGGCCUCUCUCGGAAGCCUGGCAGAUUCUGGACCUCCCUUCUGCUCUCUCCCUCCUCGUCUGGCAAUGAACAGCUGCCUUUGCAUGAAAAGAAGGGACGAUUUUCCACGCUUAACACAGCUGUUUCCAACCUGCAUUCCUCUGGAUGUUGCUGGACUACAACUCCCAGCAUCCCACUGACAGCCAAAGACCAGAGUGGCAAAUGACUCUAUAACGAUAAGGACAAGGCGUUGGUGGUAAUUAUACAUGGAAUUCUUGGACUCGUUUAGGCGGACUUUUAAAGUACUAUCAUAGGAUCACCCUAAUAUGCCUGAAGUGCGGGAUCUUUCUGACGCACUGACAGAUUUGUCAAUGGAUCCCAUCACUGGCGUCGGGGUAGUGGCAUCUCGGAAUCGAGCACCCACAGGGUAUGAUGUGAUCUCUCAAACAACAGAUGGCCUGGAUGCUGACUUGUGGAAAGAUGGCCUUUUUAAAUCCAAAGUGACAAGAUACCUCUGCUUCACCAGGGUCUUCUCCCGAGAGAAUAGCCAUUUGGGAAAUGUGUUGGUAGACAUGAAACUGAUCGACAUAAAAGACACAUUACCCGUUGGCUUCAUUCCCAUUCAGGAGACAGUGGACACACAAGAAGUCUCAUUUAGGAAAAAACGUCUCUGUAUUAAGUUUAUCCCGCGGGAUUCCACAGAAGCUGCCAUUUGUGAUAUCCGGAUUCUGAGCCGUUCCAAGCAGGCCCCACCUCAGUAUACUUUUAUAGGAGAGCUGAACAGUAUGGGAAUAUGGUACAGAAUGGGAAGAGUCCCUCGGGCCCCUGAUUCACCUGAACCAUCUACGCCGUCCUCUCCUUCAGCAAUUGUUACCUCUGCAUCUGUGCCAAAUCUCCCACGACACAUCUCCCUCACAUUACCUGCCACAUUCCGGGGAAGAAAUAACACAAGGCCGGAUUUUGAAAAUCAGCAGUCUAAUUUAUAUGCAAUAUCAGCCAUGGAUGGGGUACCUUUCAUGAUCUCAGAGAAGUUUGCCUGCGCAUCUGAGUCGAUGCAGCAAGUUGACCUUUUGGGAAUCGCUAUCAAGUCGCUGGCCGAAAUCGAGAAGGAGUAUGACUACAGCUUCAGGACAGAACAGAGUGCUGCAGCCCGUCUGCCCCCUAGUCCUGCCCGCUGCCAACAAAUGCCCCCACCCUGAGACAGAAGCAAGGGCACAAGGCAUGAAAGGUGCCACGCACAAAUACUACUGAGCAGAACCCAUUGCUGCUGAUCGAUAUUAACCUCUUCCCUGCCUGAGCCGUUUCAACAGGGAGGUGUCCUUUUUCUAACAGCAUCUCUUUUCGUAUUGGUAUUUUGUAAAUAUAAACAGUAUGGGGGUGAAAGAUGGGG